AACGCGAAGCGCUAACAACAACCUAAACAAAACUAUGUCUAAAGUGAAGAAUCUAAUUGCCAAAAUGCUGCAGCGUCGCGGCAAGUGCAACGUAAGCGGCAGCAGCAGCAGCGGCCACAGCAACAACAACAACAUCAGCCACUGCCAGCACUAUGAGAGUCUAGAGGAGAUUGCCCAAAAUCAGGCCAACGAACGCAUGCUGCAGGAGACAGCAAUGGGCACACAUCAAUUGCUCUUUUGCCUGGAAACCGCAGACGGCAGCUUUUAUUGGCAUGCACAGUAGCAACAGCAACAAACAAACAAACAAACAAGCAACAACAACAAACCGGUAGAUAGAAACGGUCAAAUGUAUGAAUGAAAAUACUUCUUCAAUGAAGCCAUCCCAUCCAGUUAGCCCGUCAGCCAGUCAGCCGGUCAUGCGAAACUAGUUGCAUGCAACAUAUGAGCAAGUGGGAAACAAGUUGCCAAUGCAAUCGGCCAAGCAGACAUCAAUGGCAACAAUGUCAACGUUGUCCCGGGCUAGGUGUCAAUUAAGUAUUUAAUACCAACUUUAUGCCAACUUUAAAUACCUUGUGAUAUACAUUUACAUACUCGGAAUCUAUCAGAGUUUAGUUCAUAGUGCCAAUAGUAUAAAUGUUGUUAACUCUUAAUCUAAUAAAAAAUCAAUUAAAAUAUAAA